CGGAGCUGGAGCCUCAUCUCCAGCAGACGUCUCUGUCCAGGGUCCUGAAAUCUGCUUCUCCAUGCGUGCGUCAUGUGACUCCAGCAUCUCUGCCGAGCUCAGCACCAACCAAGCCUUUCUGGAGAUCUCAAGUGGGAAAGGGACAAACCCUGCACCUCCUUCCUUCUCCUCUAAUCGCGAGUGUUGUUUGCGCGAGCAUGAUCGGACGAUGAGGACCUGCGCGGCGCUCGGAAAGAUGCGGGACUCGCGCUGCCCAUGUCGCGGCUCUUUAUUCACGUAAACGCGGUGAAAUGCCAGUUUAAGGUUCGGUUGUUGUUGUUGUUUUUUUUUUAUUUGUUUCUUGUUUAAGGAGGGGGUGAUGUAACGAUCCUGGGCAGCUUCAAGUCUCCUCGGCAAAAAUGCAGAAGGGAAUACGACUCAAUGAUGGUCAUGUCACCUACCUGGGGCUUUUGGCAAAGAAGGACGGCACAAGACGAGGGUGCCUGAGCAAGAAGAGCUCGGACAACACCAAAUGGCACAGCAAGUGGUUCGCUUUGCUGCAGAACAUGCUCUUUUAUUUCGAGAACGAGUCCAGCUCUCGACCCUCGGGAUUAUACCUGUUGGAGGGGUGCUUAUGCGACAGGGCGCCCUCGCCAAAACCGUCCCUCUCAGCCAAGGAGUGUUUGGAGAAGCAGUACUACUUUACUGUCAGCUUCACCCAUGAAAACCAAAAGGCCCUGGAGCUGCGUACAGAGGACGUAAAAGACUGCGAUGAUUGGGUGGCCGCCAUAUCACAUGCCAGUUACAGAAACUUGGCCACCGAGCACGAGACUCUGAUGCAGAAGUAUCUUCAUCUGCUUCAGAUUGUGGAGACAGAAAAAACGGUUGCCAAACAACUCCGACAGCAGAUAGAAGAUGGGGAGAUAGAGAUUGAGCGACUCAAGUCUGAGAUUGCUGGUCUGCUCAAAGACAACGAAAGGAUCCACGCCAGCCCUGCUGCAGCUCCCACUGAUGACGACUCAGAGAUCAAGAAAAUCAAAAAGGUGCAGAGCUUCCUGCGUGGCUGGAUCUGCAGGAGGAAGUGGAAGACCAUCAUCCAGGAUUACAUCCGCUCGCCUCACGCCGAGAGCAUGAGAAAGAGGAACCAGGUGGUCUUCAGCAUGCUGGACUCUGAGGCCGAGUAUGUGCAGCAGCUUCACAUCCUGGUCAACAACUUCCUCAGGCCACUUCGCAUGGCAGCCAGCUCCAAGAAGCCGCCCAUCACGCAUGACGACGUCAGCAGUAUAUUCCUCAACAGCGAAACUAUCAUGUUUCUACACCAGAUCUUCUACCAGGGCCUGAAAGCCAGAAUAGCCAGUUGGCCGACGUUGGUAUUGGCCGACCUGUUCGACAUCCUCCUCCCUAUGCUGAACAUCUACCAAGAGUUUGUGAGGAAUCACCAGUAUAGUCUGCAGAUCCUGGCUCACUGCAAGCAGAACAGAGACUUUGACAAGCUGCUGAAGCAGUAUGAGGCCAAACCUGACUGUGAGGAGAGAACUCUGGAGACCUUCCUCACCUAUCCCAUGUUCCAGAUCCCCCGCUACAUCCUGACGCUUCAUGAACUCCUGGCCCACACGCCGCACGAACACAUUGAGCGCAACAGUCUGGAUUAUGCCAAGUCUAAACUUGAGGAGCUUUCCAGAAUCAUGCAUGACGAAGUGAGCGAGACCGAGAACAUCAGGAAGAACUUGGCAAUCGAGCGAAUGAUCGUGGAAGGUUGUGAGAUUCUCCUGGAUACCAGCCAGACCUUUGUGAGACAAGGGUCUCUUAUCCAGGUCCCGAUGAGUGAGAAGGGAAAGAUCACACGUGGUCGACUGGGCUCCCUGUCACUGAAGAAGGAGGGAGAAAGGCAGUGCUUUCUCUUCUCCAAGCAUCUAAUCAUUUGCACCAGGGGUUCUGGAGGGAAGCUUCAUCUCACCAAGAAUGGAGUAGUGUCCCUCAUAGACUGCACUCUUAUGGAGGACCCAGAGGGGACUGACGAUGAGUCCAAAUCAGACAAAAGCGGCCAGGACAUGGAGCACCUGGACUUUAAGAUAGUGGUUGAGCCGAAGGACAGCCAGUCAUUCACUGUCAUCCUGGUGGCGUCCUCCAGGCAGGAGAAGUCGGCGUGGACCAGUGACAUCAGCCAGUGCAUUGACAACAUCCGCUGCAAUGGGCUCAUGAUGAACGCGUUCGAAGACAACUCCAAAGUGACAGUGCCACAAAUGAUCAAGUCAGAUUCCAGUCUGUACUGCGACGAUGUGGACAUCCGCUUCAGUAAGAUGAUGAACUCCUGCAAGGUGCUGCAGAUCCGCUACGCCAGCGUGGAACGUCUGCUGGAGAGACUGACCGACCUGCGGUUCCUCUCCAUCGACUUCCUGAACACCUUCCUUCACUCGUACCGUGUCUUUACCACGGCAGACGUGGUGCUUGACAAGCUCAUCACCAUAUACAAGAAGCCCAUCAGCGCCAUCCCAGCACGGUCCCUUGAAUUAUUCUUUGCCAGCAGCCAAAACAGCAAACUCCUGUACGGUGAUCCUCCCAGCUCCCCUAGGGCCAGUCGAAAAUUCUCUUCCCCUCCUCCUCUGGCGAUUGCCAAGAACUCAUCCCCAAAUCGCCGGCGCAAACUGUCCCUAAACAUCCCUAUCAUCACUGGGGGCAAAGCCCUUGACCUGGCUGCCCUCAGUUGCUCCUCAAACGGCUAUGCAAGCAUGUACUCCACCAUGUCCCCUUUCAGUAAGACCACGUUGGACAUUAACAAACUCUAUGUUUCGAGCCCCAUUUCAAGCAAAAUACCAGAUGAAGGAGAAGACAAGAAGGACAAGGCUGAGGACACCCCAGCUUGCAAACAAGAUCUCUCCGUACGAGAGGAGAGUGACAAUGAUCAGAACCAGAGUGAUGAUGCCGAUGCAGAAGCCUCUCCAACGAAGUCACCAACCACCCCGAAAAACAUUAAGUGCAAAAACUCUUCAGAGUUCUCUCUGUUCUCCUACAACAACGGAAUGGUCAUGUCCUCAUGUAGAGAGCUGGAUAACAACCGCAGCGCUUUGUCGGCUGCCUCUGCCUUCGCCAUCGCUACAGCGGGCGCCAACGAAGGGACUCCAACGAAGGAGAAAUAUCGCAGGAUGUCUCUUGCCAGCACAGGCUUUCCUACCGAUCAGAGAAAUGGAGAUAAGGAGUUUGUGAUAAGACGAGCUGCGACCAACAGAGUCCUGAACGUCCUGAGACACUGGGUGUCCAAACAUUCACCGGACUUUGAGUGCAACAAUGAGCUGAAAACAAAAGUAAUCGCCUUCCUGGAGGAAGUGAUGCACGACCCUGAGCUGUUGACCCAGGAGAGGAAAGCAGCAGCCAACAUCAUCAGGACUCUAACUCAGGAAGACCAAGGGGACAAUCAGAUUACACUAGAAGAUGUAACACAGCUGGUGGGCCCUGGAAAAGCUGAGCCUUUUGAGAACCACUCUGCACUGGAGAUUGCCGAGCAACUGACUCUGCUGGACCAUGUGGUGUUCAAGGUCAUCCCCUACGAGGAGUUCUUCGGACAGGGAUGGAUGAAGAACGACAAAAAUGAGAAAACACCAUUCAUCAUGAGAACAACGAAGCAUUUCAAUGAUGUCAGCAACCUAAUUGCCACAGAGAUCCUUCGCUGUGAGGAUGUGGUCACACGGGUAGUGGUCAUUGAGAAGUGGGUGGCCGUGGCUGACAUCUGCCGCUGUCUCCAUAACUACAACGCUGUGCUUGAAAUCACCUCUUCCCUCAACCGAAGCUCCGUCUUCCGUCUGAAAAAGACCUGGCUGAAGGUCUCCAAACAGACAAAAGCAUUAAUUGACAAGCUCCAGAAGUUGGUCUCAUCAGAGGGGAGGUUCAAGAAUCUGAGAGAAGCUCUGAAGAACUGCGACCCCCCUUGUGUGCCCUAUUUGGGGAUGUACCUCACUGACCUGGCUUUCAUCGAGGAGGGGACGCCAAAUUACACCGAGGACAACUUGGUCAACUUCUCAAAGAUGAGGAUGAUCUCUCACAUCAUCAGAGAAAUUCGGCAGUUUCAGCAAACAGCAUACAAGCUUGAACUUCAACCAAAGGUAGCCCAGUAUCUGCUGGACAAGAGCUCUGUUCUGGAUGAAGAAAGCAUGUACGAAGCCUCACUCAGAAUUGAGCCCAAAGUGCCAAACUGAUGGUGAAGCUCGUCCUCGUUGUUCCCUCUGUUAAUAUUACGCAUCAGUUAACACACACACAGCCACUUUUGUAUAGUUGUAUUUGCUCUUCUGUACAGUAGAUGUUAACAAUUGUUUAAAGCAUUAAAAUGUACGAAUUCUGUUUGUCGCCAUGACGCCACCUGCUUGUGAUUUUUAUUUUUCUUCCUUAGGGAUAUUUUUUGGAGCAUUAUAACAGAGGUCACAGCAAGUUUUCGUGACCAAUGACAUUAUUUUGCUUUGUCUCAUGGUGUGUCAACUUUGCACUUUUGCAGCACUCGUGCCGUCUGCCAAACGUUUUCUUUGCUUGAGUUUUAAAACGAUGUUUCUCUGCAACCAAUGUAGCAUUGUACAAAACAACUGCAUCAAAUCAGGUAUAAGAGCAGAGAGAAAUUGGUGGUGCAUAAAAGUGACAAACAAGUUUGACAUGCCGGUGACUGAAGCAGGAAGAUGUGAUCUGUCAUUUAGGCUCAAUGAAACCUUAUUGCAUUUGCUGACCACUACUUUCUGAAAUGUAUAAGACAACAGGGUGCACAGUUGAGCGUCAGGGUUCUUAUCUGUUGUUUUUGUUGGUUUGUAUUUAGUAAUAACAGCCAACCUCGACGUCUGUUUUCCCAUUCAGAAUGUAGUACUGCAUCUGGAGCAUGCGCAGUGCCAUCUUCUUUGUUUAUGAAUCGAACAAUACAACGCCUUCUUUGUGCGUAGCGUACACACACACACUACAUCGUCUUGCAUCCACCUGCACAGACUAUGAUACUCUGUAACUCCAGUUAUCACGACCUUUCUCAAAUUUUUCACUAAGAAUUUGGGCAUUAAGUAAAGCUGUAACUAAGAUAUAAAUGAAUAAAAUUGCUUUACUUCACAAUAUUUGGCCCUCAAAAUGCAUUGAAAAUAUUGGGGAACCCUGACCUCCUCUAUGAAAACAGAACCCUGAGAGGAAUGUCUGGAGAGUCAGUUGAGACUACAAGGAAAGAGCAAAACCAGAAGGCUUCCAUUUUGUUUUUAGCCUCCUGUGUCAUGAGCAAUAGAGCGAGUGGUUAUUUGAUGCUGAUCUUCUCAGGUGAAUGCAAUAAGCUUUCAUUGGUCUCAUAUCAGCAGUUUUACUUUUUAUGUGAAGGACGGGCCAGACAAUGGGUCUGUUUUUUUUCCCUCGUUCUCCAGCCAACACUGAACAUCGCUGCAAAGGUGUUAUUGUAAGACUGUUGCUUACAGACUUAAAAUCAGCUUUAUUGAUAUUUUGGAAAUAUUGCACUGUUACAUGAUAUUUCAGGAACCUUUUAAUGCAAUGCUAUUCUAAAGAGCUUUGAAGUGGUCCUGGAGCCAACGUUGAGAGAAGAGGAGUGGCAAGUGAGUCAAACGCUGACUGCAUGUGUUAAGUGUGUCGGACCCAAAACUAAACACGACUUCAUCUGCUUACUUGUCAACCUGGCUCACUAGUUUAGCUUCUGAUUCUCUGGGGGAAAAAAACUAUUCCAGAUCCUUCUGUUCCUCAAUGUAAAGAAGGAUGUUCUCAUUUAAAUUGAACCCAAAUCUGAUUGUCACACGAAUUGCCCGCAGCCAAAAGUGAGAUACUUUGUGGAGUAAAAGGUUGUUGCUCUUCUGUAAUUAAAAGACAAUCUGUCCUUUUUGCUGUUCCAGUGAUUGUGGAACGUGACUGUAUAUCACUCUGUUAUAUGCAUUGCUGUUUAACACUAUUAUGAAAAAAAAAAAAAAACUAUGUGAAUGACCUCUGCCUGCAGCAUUCAAACACUAUUUUUGUAGUAGUAUACGAGAGUGACCUGCUCUUUAUAUGAACAUGAGACAGUAUUUUGUACCUUGUCGUCGGUUCACCUCACUGAGAUGUGCUGUACGUUUUGUACAUGCAGCCCUGCAUUAAUUCUCAAUGUGGACGUGUAAUCUUAUACGCAAAUUGUACUCCAAAGUUAAACAAACCGCUACGAAGGUGUGGUCUUGAAAUCUAGAGAUAGGAAACAACUUCAAAGUGUUCUGCAUUUAUACUGUAAUCCUGUCUAUAACCAUUUCUGUUAGCAGGAAUAUAGUUAUGUAGUGCUUAUUCUGUGAAUAUUUGUAUGUAUUUUUACUAUGUAUGUACAGUACACUUUUGAAGCUCAUGUGGCAGGCAUGCAACACAUCCACAGACACAAUAUUACUAUAUACUGUACACACUUAUACAUGCACAUACUCUUAUAAGGAAUAUAACAAAUAAACAUUUUUGCUGUUAGCAAUACCCAGUCGUAUGAAAAUUAUCUUUCAACCUUCAUGUUUUCAUUUCUUAAGAAGUAUAUUCCCAGUUUUGUUAAUAAAUAAAGAAAGAACGAAAGAAAAAUAAAAGUAUAACAAUAAACAGAAUAAAUAUGAUGGUGAUAUUAUAUUAAUAAUAAUAAUAAUAAUAAUAAUAAAACAUGUUUCCUGGUAACCUCUUGCAAAUAAAUC